UCUGGUGGUAGAAAUGCUAAGGACUGUACUUUAGUCCUUACCGAAGGUGACUCUGCAAAAACUUUGACGGUUGCCGGUCUUUCCGAAGUUGGACGUGAUAAUUAUGGAAUUUUCCCACUCCGGAUCACUGGAACAUCGGAAU